AAUCGUCUUCAGGUAGUAAUCUUUGUCGAUUUUGACGCCGGGGUCGACGAAUAUCAACGGCGUCUUCCCCGAGGCACACACCCCUGCCCAAACCAUGACUUGGGCAGGGUGUGCGGCCCGGUGAACGACUCUUCCCUUCUUGUCGGCUUCCUCGGCAUUCCUUGCGAUCACUCUGACGUUCUGAGCGUUGAACUGCUGCUCGACGGUGAAGAGCUUCUCAUCCGAAAAGACGAUCGAAUGGUGGCCCUUGUUGCGCGUCCGAAGCAAAAGCUGUCGGCACUUCUUGACUCGCGCCUGCUGAUUCGAGGCGCUGAGGAUAGCAGCCUUCCGAGUACGGAUGACGAGUGUAGGACUGCUUCCGAGCUCAUGCCGGCUCAGGAUGAUGGAUGCAGAACCGCUUCUGAGCCGACAGCCAAGGGCGGAUGA